AUGUUCUUGUUCAUAUUCUUUCUUUGUCUUUUUGUCGGUCGCUUUCAAUUCGUAGAAUCGGAUUGUUCUCCGCCGAUCAAAUUCUACGUUGACUGUGAUGGAAUACGAACAGCAAAUGCUGCUAGUCAAUUUUGUUUAAGUCAUGGUAUGACUCUUGUGAACUUCACCAAUGGAACGGGAUCAUUAGCAAGUGAUUUAUCACUCCUCAAUACAACAUUUAUAGCAGAUAGUUGUGUUGGCAAUUUUUGGUAUUCAUCAGGUUCACGCACUGGACUAGUUGCCGGAACAAAUGAACUUGAUAAUUUGCUUGGUGCUCUGACGAACUUACUUGGAAAUAUUCUCUGCCUUAUACCAUUUUUGUGUCCAGCAGUAACAACAGCUGCACCUAUUCUCAAUGCUUACACAGUAUGCACUCGACCAAUUCACCAAAAUGUGAUACAGAAAUGUUUAAAUGGUGUGCAACGUGAGGAUAUGCAACAAUUUCGAUACCGCACACAAAGUGUGUAUGCUGGCGUCUUGGAUAUAUUUUCUUCAAGAACUAUAGCAGCAUGCAGUGGCUCAUGCUCGUUGAAUAAUGCAUGUAUGGGAAUUUCCUAUAGUAACGGUAUUUGUACUCUUUAUAUGUAA